GCCAACCAGCAUCCGGCUCGGCGUUUUCCCGCGAGUGGGGCGCGCUAACUUCCUGGGACGUGAAGAAGCGAGCCCCCGGGGUGGGACGGAAGGGUAACUCCGCCAGUAGGGUGCUGUGGCCGGUCGGGAGUCCGCCGCGGACCGCGAGGCAAGAUGCUCAAGUCUAAGACGUUCUUAAAGAAGACCCGGACAGGCGGCGUGCUGAAGAUCGUGCGCGAGCACUACCUGCGCGAUGACAUCGGCUGCGGCGCCCCCGGCUGCGCGGAGUGCGGCGGGGCGCACGGAGGGCCGGCGCUGGAGCCGCAGCCGCAGGACCAGGCCAGCAGCCUCUGGCCGCGGCCGCACUACCUGCUGCCCGACACCAACGUGUUGCUGCACCAGAUUGAUGUGCUCGAGGACCCUGCCAUCAGGAAUGUAAUUGUGCUACAAACAGUUCUCCAAGAAGUGAGAAAUCGGAGUGCCCCUGUAUAUAAAAGAAUUCGGGAUGUGACUAAUAACCAAGAAAAGCAUUUUUAUACCUUCACUAAUGAGCACCAUAGAGAGACCUACGUAGAGCAAGAACAGGGAGAAAAUGCUAAUGACAGAAAUGAUAGAGCCAUUCGAGUAGCAGCAAAAUGGUACAAUGAACAUCUGAAGAAAAUGUCAGCAGAAAAUCAGCUGCAAGUUGUAUUCAUAACAAAUGACCGCAAAAACAAAGAGAAAGCUGUAGAAGAAGGAAUACCAGCAUUCACGUGUGAAGAAUAUAUAAAGAGCUUAACUGCUAAUCCUGAACUCAUUGAUCGUCUUGCUUGUUUGUCUGAAGAAGGGAAUGAAAUAGAAAGUGGGAAAAUAAUAUUUUCAGAGCAUCUUGCCUUAAGUAAGCUACAACAAGGCAUAAAAUCUGGUGUUUACCUUCAAGGAACAUUUAGAGCUAGCAGGGAAAAUUACUUAGAAGCAACAGUGUGGAUUCAUGGAGACACUGAAGACAAUAAAGAGAUAAUUGUACAAGGACUGAAACAUUUAAACCGAGCUGUUCAUGAAGAUGUGGUGGCCGUGGAGCUUCUCCCCAAGAGUCAGUGGGUGGCACCAUCUUCUGUGGUUUUACAGGAUGAGGGUCAAAAUGAAGAUGAUGUGGAGAGAGAAGAGGAGAGAGAGCACAUGCUUAAGACUGCUAUAAAUGAAAAGAUGUUAAAGCCUACAGGUAGAGUUGUGGGAAUAAUAAAAAGAAAUUGGAGACCAUACUGUGGCAUGCUUUCCAAGUCUGAUAUUAAGGAGUCAAGAAGACAUCUCUUUACACCUGCUGAUAAAAGAAUUCCCCGGAUUCGGAUAGAAACCAGACAGGCUUCUGCAUUAGAAGGACGGAGGAUUAUUGUUGCUAUUGAUGGUUGGCCCAGAAAUUCCAGAUAUCCAAAUGGACACUUCGUAAAAAAUUUAGGUGAUGUUGGAGAAAAAGAGACCGAAACGGAAGUGCUGUUACUUGAACAUGAUGUUCCUCAUCAGCCUUUUUCACAGGCUGUUCUUAGCUUUCUGCCAAAGAUGCCCUGGAGCAUUACUGAAAAUGACAUGAAAAACCGAGAAGAUCUGAGGCAUCUGUGUGUUUGUAGUGUGGACCCGCCAGGAUGUACUGAUAUAGAUGACGCUCUGCACUGCAGAGAGCUCAAAAAUGGGAAUUUGGAGGUUGGUGUUCAUAUUGCUGAUGUUAGCCAUUUUAUUAGGCCAGGAAAUGCCUUGGAUCAAGAAUCAGCCAGAAGAGGAACAACUGUGUAUCUCUGUGAAAAGAGGAUUGACAUGGUUCCCGAGUUGCUUAGCUCUAAUUUGUGUUCCUUAAGAUGUGACGUUGACAGGCUGGCAUUUUCAUGUAUUUGGGAAAUGAGUCACAAUGCUGAAAUCUUAAAAACAAGAUUUACCAAAAGUGUCAUUAAUUCAAAGGCUUCUCUUACUUAUGCUGAAGCACAGAUGAGAAUUGAUUCAGCAACCAUGAAUGAUGAUAUUACCACUAGUCUCCGAGGACUAAAUAAACUCGCUAAAAUUCUGAAAAAAGGAAGAAUUGAGAAAGGGGCUUUGACACUAUCUUCUCCAGAAGUUCGAUUUCACAUGGACAGUGAAACUCAUGAUCCUAUAGAUCUACAGACCAAGGAACUUAGAGAAACAAAUUCCAUGGUGGAAGAAUUUAUGCUACUUGCUAACAUCUCUGUUGCAAAAAAAAUUCAUGAAGAAUUUUCUGAACAUGCUCUGCUGAGAAAACAUCCUGCUCCACCUCCCUCAAAUUAUGAAAUCCUUGUUAAGGCAGCUAAGUCCAAGAAUUUGGAAAUUAAGACUGAUACAGCCAAAUCAUUGGCUGACUCUUUGGACCGAGCUGAGUCUCCUGCUUUUCCAUAUCUAAACACCCUGUUAAGAAUCCUAGCCACUCGCUGUAUGAUGCAAGCAGUGUACUUCUGUUCUGGAAUGGAUAACGAUUUCCAUCACUAUGGCUUAGCAUCCCCAAUAUACACUCACUUUACUUCUCCUAUCAGAAGAUAUGCAGACAUCAUCGUUCAUCGGCUGUUGGCUGUGGCUAUCGGGGCUGACUGUACUUACCCAGAGUUGACAGACAAACACAAGCUUGCAGAUAUUUGUAAAAAUCUCAAUUUCCGCCACAAAAUGGCUCAGUAUGCUCAGCGUGCAUCAGUGGCCUUUCAUACGCAGUUAUUUUUCAAAAGCAAAGGAAUAGUAAGCGAAGAAGCCUAUAUCCUGUUUGUCAGAAAGAAUGCUAUUGUGGUGUUAAUUCCAAAGUAUGGUUUAGAAGGGACAGUCUUUUUUGAAGAAAAGGACAAACCAAAACCACAGCUUAUUUAUGAUGAUGAGACACCUUCACUUAAAGUAGAAGGUAUGGAGUUCCAUGUGUUCGAUAAAGUUAAAGUGAAAAUUAUGUUAGACUCAUCUAAUCUUCAGCAUCAGAAAAUCCGAAUGGCCCUGGUAGAACCUCAGAUACCAGGAAUAAGCGUUCCUGAUGAGAUUUCAAACGUGGAUGUUAAUGAACCAGAAGAAAAGAGGAGGAAGCUUAAAAAGUAGCUACUUUUAACAGCAAACUUCAAAGACGGAUUUCCUUUAUAACAACGAAGAACUUGAGAGAAUACUUCAGAGUCUGUGAUAGUUCACUUUUAAAUACAUUUUAAUAAUUUCAGAAAUUUGCAUUUUUAUUAACUGUUGACUGUGUCUGUCUUAUCAUACUACUUUGUUUCUGGAUUGAGCAGAACCAUUUAUGCAAAAAAAUUCAAUUGAAUAUCCGUCACUUAAAUAGUGACAGGAUAGCAACUUCAGGGAUCUCUAAAGAUCAUUUAAAUGGAACACUCAUCUACUCAUUGAAGAGCAGAUUAAUUUUGCAUAAGUACUUCGAUUAUUUAAUACUGGUUUAAAAAAAAAAAAACUAUUUCCCUAUGGAGGGAAGUAGGACAUUUUUGGAGGCAAAGAACAGUCCUUCCCAAGUCUUAAAAGCUGUGUUUGGUAUGUAAUCUCCUUUGCCAUUUUAGUGUACUAAAGUUACAGUAAGUACUCCUCCGCUGUGAUCAAGUCUCCUGUGGUCCUUGCUGUGAAUGUUUGGGAGUUGGUAGGAAGACAAAUAGGAUAUUUUGACCUGACUAGGCAAGCUUUUUGUUACCAGGUAGUUAAGUGUGAUGAUCAUCCUUGACCUUCAGCUCCAGUGUCUCCCCAAAAGAAGGCAUUAAAACUCAGAAAGAAUAGAGAUGCUACUUGAAAUGUCUCCUUCUUGUUACUUAUAGAAAACAGACAGUGGCUUUUAAAUUACAAUUGUAUCAGAUUGCAAAGGAGAGAGAGAAUUGUAUUAAGGGUAUAUUGAAAGGAACCGAUUAAAAUAAACAUUUGAUUUGCCAGAUUGACUAUUUUACUUGCCAGAUUAUAUUAAAUGGGGUUUUCAAGAAUACUUGGAGAAAGGGUUACCUUAAAACCCUGUGCUUAGUCAAUUUCUAAAGCACUCACACAAGUUUCCUCACCAGUCAGGUAAACUACUUAUGCCUUUGAGGAAUUUGCAGUACCAUGAAAAAGACUGGCCAGUAAGUCAGCAGGCCUUGUUAAGUGAGUAUUUUAGUCAUGUGGGCACUCAGUAAUUGAGGGAGACUUGCUUCACUGAAGGAAGAUAACCUCCAGCAGACUGGUCCAUGUAAAAUGAAUAGGGCAGUGACUGACACAGACCAGGAGAAUAAAGGACACAAACAUUUUAGGCUUCAUGACUGUAAUGCAGCUGUGGCAUUCAACUCUGCUGCUGCUAGCUGUAGACAGUAUCGGAAUAAAUGAGCAUGGCUGGGGUCCAUUAAACCCUCAUUAAUGGUAAAGUUUCAUACAGUGUUUAUGUGUCCCUGGGUAUUACUCAUUCGAGUUUCUUCCAUCACCUAUUUAAAAAUUACUUGGCUAGGCCAUAGUUUACCUGCAGUAGACAAAUUUUUGGCAAAGUAAGGCUGUUACUACUUCUGUGUCUGAUUCCACGUUUGGUGGGGCAGGAUCAGGAAUGGUCAGUCUCAAAUGCAGUAAAGAUGAUUAGAAAGGAACCUUGUUUUUUUCCCCUAAGGCCUCGGCUUUUGGUAAUCUAAAAUGGUUCAUUUUCAGGGCCAGUUCUUAUGCUAAACUUAUAUGGACAUAGAGUGGGCCAUCUCUGGGUUCUCAAUCUACACAUUGAAAAUAUUCAGGAGAGAAAAUUGAGUCUACUAAAUAUACAGUCUUUUUUUCUCAAAUGAUACAGCAUAACAGCUGUUCACACAGCAUUUAUGUGAUACUUAAAAAGCCCUGUAGGGCUAUUAGAUGAAAAAAUAGAGGUUUAUGGUCUAGGUAAAGUGAUGACAGGAGGGAUUAUGGUCUAGGUAAAGUGAUGACAGGAGGGAUUGGAUUCUAGAUUGUAAUCAUGACUUCAUUUCUUGGCCUGUGCUACUAAAAAGCAGUACCCAAGGUGGCUGCUGUUCUUAAGGGACCAGAACUCUUAAGCAGUUUUUUUUUUUAGGUGAAUUUUUAUUUAAUUUAAAACCUUUGUGAUUAAGGCAAGAAGGGAGAUUUUUGUUCUCACUUGAAGGUUAGCAUUAAGGUACACAGUACUCCACAGAACAAGGAAAAAAGUGACAAAGUGACAAUGUAUCUUUAUUUUCUAGGGUUACUUAGGAUACUCUGAAAAAGUUUUGUAAAAAGUAGUAAAUACAGAUACACAUUCUCCAUAGAUAUUUCCAAACAUACCCAUCUACUGCCAAUGUGGGCUUUUAAAAAAAUAACUUUUUAACGUAAUAUGCAUCCCCAACUGCUCACAGCUGUGAGCCCAGCAGGAAUCCCACUGUUCUCUAGUUCCACCUUUGGCCUGAUACGCUGCUCUUGUCCUUUCCAUAGCCCAGUCUGAACCGCAAAGGCUGUCCCUGCUGUAGGAGUGGGGGUGUAAUUUGCUCUGGCUCCCACGGUGACUCACAGAUAGCAAUAAAAUGAUGACGCUAUUAACACUGCCGUUCCAGUAUUUAUACUUAUAGAAGAAUUAACUUAAGCAGUUACUAUGGGAAAUAAGGAUUUCCCCACAGAAAUGAACAGUUAGGGAAUACCGUUUAAUGCCUACCUCUACAAUCUCUUUUAUAUCCGUAAGUUCUAUGACAUAGGCUGUAGUUGAAGUGCAGGUAUGCAUGUUCACAGAUUUCCUACAAAAAUAUGUGGUGCCUUCAGUUUUUACCUUUUCUCAAGUACUCGGAAGAAGUGCUAAGUUCUGUCCAGAGCAGUUUACUGAUCCUGUCAGGACAGGUCAUCAGCUCAGUCACAUUUUUCAAUUAUUAAACACGUCACUCAAGAUACGUACAAAAAUAUUUAUUGAUAAAAAGUAGAACUAUAUUUGAGCAAUUUCACGUUAUAGGAGCUUUUUGGUUGUUUCUACGUCACUAAGCCCUUGCUUUUUCACAUUAAGGAGGGAAAGAAGUUAAGAAUGUUACUUGAAGCAGUUUCUUCCCCAGUCACCAUCACAUUAUUGCUCCUUUGCAAAAAAAAAAAAAAGAAUACGCAAGGAGCUUCAGCAGUGGUCUUCGCUUCGGACAGAGGUAUUCUGCGGGCGACUGCACUAAGACAGACGUGAUGUUUUCAUCUAAUACCUCUGUGUUCAGUUUUCAUUAAUACUUCUUCAGCGGUUACUGUAGGAAAAAGAAAAUGCCUGGGUUUCAGCUGUAAUUGGAUAUAAAAGGGAAAGGGAUGAAAAAGAGUUAAGAUGUGUUCUGUACAUGUACCAGCUCCCCACCAUGAAUGUAAUCAUGAUGUACUGCAGCUGUACUAAUGUGAAAAAGGUGGCCUUUUCAUUUGAUUUGGAGAGUUAUGUUUUGUUGCGCAUUUGCUGAUGUUUAUAAUGCCUAAUAAUAAACUGGCAUAUAAAAUCAAA